GAAGGUCGCAGCAGUACAGGAACGUUGUUGCGGAGUUGUAUUUUCGGAGAACAGGUAAUGGAUUAUCGGAAAAGAUGGUCGGUUACGAGAGGCUGAUCUUUGGAGUUUCAUCAUCGAAGUUCAACGUAACGUGAACAAAGAAGAUGGACAGAAAAGACUGGGCAAAGAUCCAGAACAACUGGGAUUUUCUGAGGAAGGAGCUGACCGCCGUCUACCUCCUCGAUGACCUCAAGUCCUGUCCAGAUGAUAUACUGACUGAUGAAGAUGAACAGAGGGUGAAAUAUGAACCAGUGGAUGCUGACAAGAAUGAGAAACUGUUGCAUAUCCUGAAACACAAACCGUCUUGCCUAAAUGGCUAUAAGUGGUUUCUGGGUGUUGUUAAGAAGCAUCAGAAAUACAUCUUUGAUCGACUAAACAAAACAGAGGUUGAUGCCAGUGAUGUUCAAGAUGAGCCCAGCUACGACAUCAACAGCAUGGUGAGGGAGAUACUUCUGAAGAACUUUGUGGAUGAGGCAGGGAAAAGCUGCACCUUGCCUGAUGUGAGGAAUGCUGUCUGUGUACUGAGGGGAAGAGGUGUCAACUUUGACUGGAAGGAUAACAAACUGAAAGACUUUGUCAUUGAGGUCUUCUCGGGAGUUCUCUUUGAGCCAGGCAGGAAGGGAAUGGUUCCCACAUUUUUGCACCUUGGUGCAAAAGAAGAAAAAGUAGUGGUUCCUAAAGUAGCUUCUCCUCUUGAGGUGCCAACUACUACAGUAUCUGCUGUUGCUGUUGCUGCGGCUGCUAGCACUGGUACUAGUGAAGACAGUAAUGUUGGAGCACCUACUCAUGGUACCAGUAAUGAACCUGCAAGUCACCACAGAGAUAUAGAGUCACUGACAGUUGAGGAACUGAUUACAUAUCUAACACCCAUUUUUAUGAGUCUUAAGCUUGGCGAACAUUUUGCAGAAAAGUUCAAAGAAUUAGAUAUUGAUGGAGUUGUGUUCUUGACAAUGAAAGAGGAAGAUUUCAAACAGGAAUUCUCCCCUAAGGAACUCUCAUUUGGGAAGAGACGUAAACUAAUGUUGAAAAUCAAAGAGAUGAAAGAACAAAAAACUGAAUUUACAAAGCAGGACAUUAAACUCCCAAUACAUACAACACUAACUAGUGAAACUGAUAAACCAGAAGCUAGAGUUGCUGCAGCUCCAUCUGUGCUAACCACACAAACUACUACAGAGGGCAAUGCAUCACAAACAACAGUUGCUGCAUCUGCAUCUGAACAAACAAAGCUAACUAGACAGGGUGAUACAUCAGCAAGAUCAAUUGCUGCAGCUCCUUACAAAGAGCACUUCAGGAGGUUUGACUUCCCUGUAUCCCCAACAGAUAGAUACACAAGGGGAAGGAUGAUAGAAAUAUCAGGCUACUCACGAGAGAACAUGAUCAACCCUGUAAAGAAGUUUCUGCAACUUGAGAAAGGCGAGAAAAAUUUGUACAGGAAGAUUGCCAAGGAGACGGUGAUGUUUGCAUCUGCUUGCAUGAAUGACCGAACUAAUGGAACGCUCUAUGUCGGCAUCAAUCCAUUGCCUUCUGAUCUUGGCCAGGGACAAGUUGUUGGAAUUCAUCUUGACAGAGAGAAGUGUGAAGACAACAUCAGACAACUGAUUGGAGAGGCAUUUUAUGAAGAUCAGCAGGACAUAGCAUUUCAGGCAGUUCGGUCCGGGAAGUUUAUAGAAGUUGCUGAUCCUGAGACACAAGACAGACCACUCUGGGUGUUGGAGGUCGAUGUUGUUCCCAGUGGAAAGGUUGUGAUGGAGGAAGCCUUCUUUAUUCGUGGCAAGAUGGUAGGUGCACACAAGGCCAAGAAGCAACAAUUGUACAGAUUAAUUGAUGGAACCAUAACUUCACUUUCUGAAAAAGACAUUUAUGAUUUUAUGAAGAAGAAGAAGAGCCUGACAGAAUUGAGACUUCAACAGGAGAUCCAAUCAUCACCUUCCUAUGUGCCACCAGAUUUGAGGAAGAAGAUUCUCAAUCUGUUUACAGGUGGCAGUGAAACAAUAGAAGAUGAAAUAUAUCCAGUGUUACUGAUAAGUCCACUAGACACAUCCAUGGAUCAUGGCUAUAUUGAAGAAAACCUGUCCUUCAUCCAGUAUUUUGAUACCAAGGCUGUCUUUGAUUUUGAUCCAACCAGUGACUCCAAAGGUAUCUAUUCUGCAAAUGAAAAGAGGCAAGUUUAUGAAGUCCAUACAACUGAAAACUUUGACAAAAUUGCAGGUGGAUAUUCAGAAAAGGAUCUUGAAUCUCUGAAUUUUUCAACAGAAAAGUCAUGGAUUUUUUGUAAUGGUUACAGCCGACUUAGAAUGGAAGAAAUGCAACCAUAUGACUGGAAACAGAAACGUUUUGAUGGCUUUAAGGAGGCCCUUAGAUUCUUUCAUUCAAGCAUUCCUCUUGGCAGAGGUAUCUUGUUGAUAUUCCUCUUUUCAAAGAAUUAUGAAGUACUUUUAGAAGCUGCAGAUGAAGUGAUUCUCAAGUUUAAAGACCAGUGGAUGGUUGUUGCAGAAACAGAAGAGAUAGCCAACUUGUGGAAAGAGCAACUAAUAAUGCGAAAUGUCGUAUCAAAGAAAUCUUUGGACAACAGAUGUAUUCUUGGGAUGCCUUGGAGACAUGUCAACUCCACUUUCACACAGAUUAUUAGCCCUAAACAAACAGGGGUGUGUGAACUGCCCACUUCAACUGGAGCCUUUUGUGUGUUGAAAGACAGAAUAAGAAUUGAAAUGUGUGAUCUGGAGAUACUCAGCAGCAAAGAGUGUGAGGCAGAUGAAGCCCUGAAUAACGCUGAGUCAAGGGAGCUGUUGAGGAGGAAAGUUGAAGAGAAAUUCUUCAGGGGAAGUCAAGUUCAGUGGAUGAAUUUUUGGUUCAGAGACAACCAUGUCUUAAAGAGGCUUCAGCAUAAGGACCUUAUAAAAGAGGUGGAGAAAUCUCUAGAAAACCCCAACCGUGAUGAGGACGUGAGGGUAAAUUUGGUGACACUGAUGCAUCAGCCAGGUGCAGGAGGGACAACUUCAUCAAGGCAAAUUCUCUGGGAUCUGAAGGAAAAGUACAGAUGUUGCGUAGUCAGGAAGAUCACUGAUGAAACGGCAGCACAGAUAGCAAAAUUGAGAAGCUAUGAUGAGCCAACAACAAGGAAACCACCUCUGAUUCUCAUCGACAAUGAAGAGAAGGAUAAGGUUCAUCAAUUGCUGUUUGAACUUGAGGAAAAAGCAAAAGUGGCUUCCCAUUAUGAGGAUCAAACCCUGAACAUUUUCUGUGCUGUCCUAUGGUGCCAUCGCGGUGUGGAUAUUCAACGAUCUGAUAGAACACAAAUUCUUUUAAAGCAUGAACUUCACAGAUGGGAACUAGAAUGGUUUCAAAGGAAAUAUGAAACCCUUGAAAGGAAAUUUCAUGAAGACAGAAAGGUUGAUCCAAAACUUUUGGUUAGCUUCAAUAUUCUGAAGACCAACUUUGAUAGUGACUACAUCAAGAGAAUAGUCAUUGAGUUCAUGAGACAAAUUGAUGACACAGAAGAGUCAGUGUUAAUUAGGUACUUGUCAUUGUUGAACUCAUAUGAUGUAGAUUUCCAAACAAUGCCAGUGUCUGCUUUUGAUCCAAUCACUGAGAAGCAAUUAAGACAAAAGAGAAUUUUGCAGUUUGGAGUAUUGGAGAGAAGUGGAUCAAGGCAAAAAGGGUGGGAAACAAAAAUGAGUACUUCUCUGCGUGUCUUAGUGAAUGAGUCAUCACAAAGAGGAGUUCAUGGCUCACACAUAAAGACAAUAAGGAUCACCAGCCCUCUUCUUGCAAAGGAAAUUCUUCGUUACAUUCAAAAGGAAAACUGUCUAGAAACAAGUGAAAUCAUGAUUGAGUUUCUGUCAUCUGUCAUAUUUGAUUAUGAAAAUGGCAGCACCAACAAACUUUUGACUAUCAUUAAGAAUGUUGUGAAGAAAAGAGUCACAGGAAAAGAUGGAAUUGGAAGAUUUUCACCUCUCAUUUUGCAUAUUCAUGAAACUGAAGGAUCUGAAAAAGCAGCUGAAAUAUUUGUUGAAGUGCACAGGAAAACACAUGAUCCAAUGAUUGCUCAACAGAUUGCAAGAUAUUACAUCCAUACAAGCAACUGGACUGAGGCAGAGAGGUAUGCUGGUAUUGCGACACAAAAUCGCCCUAAUAGCUCCUUCCUUUGGGAUACUUAUGGACAGGUUUAUAAACAGCAACUUUUCGAGUACUAUGAAAGGGCUAAGAAAGGAGUCAAAAUCAGCAAAGAGGAUGCCAGUGUGAUCCUCCAGCUGGCACAGAAAGCUAUGAACAUCUUCAGAAAGGAACAAAUCCUUAGUGAAACUGAGAAAAGUUUCAAGACAAAUAAUGGUGGCUGCUUUGGAGAACUCAGGGUCAUCCUCCGUUUACUUGAGACAUUUUGUCACUUUGAAAGUUUCCCUGGUGCAAGGGACUUCCACAGGUACCUUGUUGACAAGGACUUUAAAACUGACGCUUUCUCCUUUUUAGAGAAACAUGAAGAAGAGAUGAUGAAAUCACUAGGGGAAUCAGCUUUCAAAACUAUUCGAAAACUGGAAGAUGAAUCUGUGCAGAUAAAAUCUGAUUCACGAGAGGAAUUUAAGUUAGACCAACACUUUGACAGAAAAAGUCUUAUUCAACUUAAGGAAAGUGUGAGUGCACAUUUUGGAGAGGUGUCUACUGAAAUACCGGGCUCUCUUAGUGAUGAAGAUGCCUGUGAAUACAGAAGAAGGUAUGCACGUAGAAUGGGGGUGACAUCUUUGCAAGGAGCCCUUUCUCUGAAGUAUGAGAAUCAUGUGGACUGGGAAGACAGACUGGUGAGAGUUUAUGACCUGAUGAAGGAAAAUGUGAAAGCUAAAGCUUGUACAGCAUUUGACUUGGUGACAAUUUUGAAUACAGUUAUUACCCUUCAUAUUGGUGAAUCAUCAAAAAUUGCACCUAUUCCAUAUUCAAAAAUUUUAGAAUGGAGUAUGAAGCUGUACAAUGCCAAGCAGCCUGAUGGUAGGCCUUAUUUGGAGACGUAUCUCUAUCUAGUUCUUUUUCACUUCCCAACAGAAAGUAGGAAGGCACAGGCUUGUAAUACUUGUUCUGAAGUAAAGCUCCAGGAAGCUGUGAACAGAUGGAAUGAGGCCUUUUUCACAAACUACCCAAAGCAUCGUGACUUGGAACAGUUUUCACGAAAAAAGGAUACAACUCUUUUCUUUCUUGGUAACGGUUCAGGAUUGACAGAAAUUGUGUACCAGAAGGAACUGAUGAAGAGAGGAGGCAGAAUGCGGGACGAUGAGUACUGGCGGUCUGACCAGGCCAGACGAAGAUUCCAGCGCCUUGAGGGGACACUACUAAUGAGUGGCCAGGAAGUGCAAUUGGACCUUCAGCUUCGGGGAGGAACCAAAUUCCCUCUCACAAUUCCAACUUCCAAACCAACAAAAAAGAGAACCAUGUGUCUAAAGAGGGUCUACUGCGUCCUUGGCUUCAGUUGGUCUGGGCCAAAGGCAUAUGACAUUACUUUAGAUAACCCAUCAAGUGGGAGCCGAAGGAGAGCUGAUGUUGUCCCCAGGUCACCUGUUCAGCAAACACACACACGUUAAAGACAAACUGGAGAGUCUUCGAAGGAAGAAAGUGCUUUCAAAUCAUGAAUGCAAACAGAAAGCUGACCUGGAACAAAAGAUGAAAGAACUGACUGGUGCCAGGACACACUUGCUGGACAGUUCUAGAACAGGCAGCAAAUAAAAGCAAACAGCAACUGUAUACAGCAUUCUGUUGCAGUAGUUUCAAUUGAAACUGUUGCAAUGUAUGUUUUGUUCAGACAGAAAAUACACCAGUGUAUAUGUUAUUUUUCAAAGAUAAAGACAUUGAUUAAUUUAGUGCUUUCAAACAUUCUCAAGCUGUUAUUGUGAGAGGACUGGGUAUUUUAUGCCUGGUGUUGAUAGUGUUUGUCACAGCAUCAUGACACUGUUUUAUGCUAUGUGAAAGGGUCAUUCUGACGCAGUCUCUCAUUGGUUGGUUAGGUUUAAAUUUACCUAGAUGGAUGAUGUCUUGGUUAAACAUAACAUGUCAACAAGAAUAUUCAGUGUCGAUUACCUGUCAAAACAGAUCCAAUUAGGCAUUAAAGGCAAAUUAUAGAAUGAGAAUUAUAUGAAUGGAUCACUGAAAAUCACCAAUGACUCCAGGUCUUCACAAAAAGGGUUAAAUUAUUGAUUUAUUUUUGUUUGAUUUUCUUCCUCCAUCUUUGAAUGAGGAAAUUAGGAGAUAAACAUUAUUUUCAGUGUUGAGCCAGGUUAACUGUAGAUUUAACCGCGCUAAAUUGAAUUUGGAACCGAAUGUGCAGUUUAAAGAAAACUAAGCAAGCUUUGCAAAGCUUUAGUUCCGCACCUCCCCAUUAUGAUGGAUGUCAUAUUGUUCAUUGUGACGCAAAACAUAUGACAUCAAAGUCGUAUAUAAAAAAGCACCAAAUUCCAUGCUCUCUGUUGUCCCCAAAACUUAAAACACAUUCACUUUGUAGAUUUCUCAUUUGUUUUGUGGAGAAAUGUAUUACCACAUAUCCUUUGAAUAUUGUAGUAACCACAACUUUGCAAUUUGUAACCUACGAUUGUAGAUAUAAUUAUUUACAUAUGCCUACUGACAAUGACUGAAAAAGGUACUAUUCUGUGAAAAUUGGCUUCCAUGGUAAUGCAGUCGUCAAAUGUGCUGUUUCAAUCAGAGGGUGUAUUUUGUGAUUUCACAACCAGAAUUGAGUAAUUUGCAUAUGCAUGGUAGAAUGUCAUGAAAUGCAACAAAUUCAUCCCUACCAUAAAGACAGCACAUGUAGUAUCUUGUAAAUACUGGUUCUUGAUACAAUUGGAUUGUAAAGUUGACAAAAUGCCUCUAUCCAAAUCCACUUGCUUUAACCAAUUUGAGAAUUGGGUCCCCUUUUUAUUUGUUGUUGCAUAUACUUGUAUACUUGUAAUGGCUGCUGAUGUAACAUGUUAUGACUUGGUUUAAAUUUUGUUAUAAAUCAUUUGGUUGGUGGUCAAAGUGAUUAAAGGUGUGUACUAUUUAUGUAAAAUAAGAACUUGAAUGCCACCCACCCCCACCCCACCC